UAUCUAAGCUAUCAGUCAGUGCAACUCGAGUCGCGGAAUGGAUUCGCAAUUUGUCCUCGUCGUCGUUGUCGUCGCCGUGGUCGCAGUCGCUGUCGUUUUGCAGUAGAGAGAGACACAUUCGACAGUACUUGUUUAAAGUGUAUCAAGAUAUUGGACAGGAGAAAGAAAACCAAUGUUAAUUGAAAAUUGCGGUCUUGUUCGAGAAGCAGGCAAGCAGAGGUCGUUUUGCAUUGUUAGGUUUUGAUUUCAUUGAAUUUUUGCGAUACACGUUAAUUCCGUACCGGGAUAUUAGUUAUCUGAUCGAUGAUAGUGAAUUGAAGUCAUUGAGAGGACAGUAUUUUGCCGAUAAAAGCUGAUGAUAAGAACCAAAUGGUGGUGUUACUACAAGAUAUCAAUUUAUUUUUCUUCGAUUGAAGUAUGAAUGACCGUGACAGUGUGCGUGCUAUCCAACAGUAUGCGUACUCAUGUAAAGAAGCAAUCUGGAACAUAUGAAUUAAACAUUCUUAAAUCAAUCAUAGUGUUAUAUCACGAUUGUGUGAAAAAGAGAAGGAAAGAAUACUAGAUUUGGAGCAAUAAUCGUUCUGUUUCGAACUAAAUCAAUACAUUUCUGGCAGUGUUUUGAUGAUUUUACUACAUCAAGUUUGUUCAUGCCAUAAUAACCAAAUCAAGUUAAAUUGGACCGACGUCACACAACAAAGUGUAUAUAAACAUGAUGUCAGUUCUGAAUAGGUCAGCGAUAGUACUGUGUCGCCAUCUUGUAUGUAUUUGAGUGAAUCUCCAAUAGGAAUCCGUCAGUCUGCUCUUUCAUGCUGAUGUCGUCACAAGUAUUUUUCGCGUGUGAAUUCUGUGUCUGAAAAUGAGUGUUUGCCAAGUGUAAAUUAGUGCAAAUGAUGACGAAAGACUAAACAGUGAAGAAAUACUAUCUAGCGUGAAAAAGGAAAUGUGAAAAAGUUCUCAAUAAUGAACGAAAACUACGCGGCCGCUGCAGCCGCAAAACAAAUGCCAAUUGAGAAGCUAGUGCGUGUUGGAUAUUACGAACUCGACAAAACCAUCGGAAAAGGCAAUUUUGCUGUUGUGAAGCUUGCGUCCAAUGUGAUAACUAACUCGAAGGUUGCAAUUAAAAUAAUCGAUAAAACAUGUCUCGACGAGGAGAACCUGGCGAAAACGUUUCGCGAAAUAUCAAUACUGAAAGUGUUGCAUCACCCGCACAUUACCCGUUUAUACGAGGUCAUGGAAUCACGUAACAAAAUCUACUUGGUAACGGAGCACGCAGCGCGGGGUGAGAUUUUCGAUCACCUGGUAGCAAACGGUCGAAUGAAGGAAGAAGAGGCGGCGCGAAUCUUUUCGCAGAUUAUAUCCGCCGUCGAUUACUGUCACUGCAAGGGAAUUGUUCAUCGUGAUUUGAAAGCGGAGAAUGUUCUUUUGGAUAAUGAGAUGAACGUCAAACUUGCGGAUUUUGGCUUUAGCAAUACAUUUUCCGAAGGAACCCCCCUGAGAACUUGGUGUGGUUCGCCGCCAUACGCGGCGCCAGAAGUAUUUCAAGGUGUAGAGUACGAUGGUCCUAAGUCCGAUAUAUGGAGCUUGGGAGUGGUACUAUAUGUGCUAGUAUGCGGAGCGCUUCCUUUUGAUGGGGCAACGUUACACGAUUUGCGAAGCGUUGUCGUGGCUGGCAAGUUUCGAAUCCCAUUCUUCAUGUCGCAGGAAUGUGAGCACCUGAUUAGGCAUAUGCUUGUGGUGGAACCUGAGAAGCGUUACACACUACGACAGAUUGGCAAUCACAAAUGGUUAGAAAUGUACAAUACUAUUCCAAUUCUCGAAACUGGAUUAUACCAGCAAGCAGAAAGCGCAAAUCUUGACACUGUUGUGAUGACUCACAUGCUCCAGCUUCCCGGCCUUACUGCCGACAUGAUCGCACAGUCCGUACAUGAAAAUCGUUUUGAUCAUAUUUACGCAAUCUAUUACCUUUUGGUAGACAAAUUAAAGCAAAAGCGGAAGGAGAAGAGCCGGUUACAGCAUCACGCCAGCUUAGCUUAUUCACGGUCACGAAAAACUAGUAUUACAACAGGCGUUGUGGAUCGAACUGAAGUCAUCAAAAAUGAUUCACUGGAAAGGCUCAGUCCACUCACAAGUACAGGUUCUCCGAUCCUGAAUAUGUCCGCUGGCCUUGGAACUACGGAUGAGCUUGAGAAAUAUGAGCUUGAAUCCGCAAACAUAGCGAGAACACCUGAAUCUACGGAUCAUCUAUUUCCACCAACUUGUGCGAACACAUCGGCCAAUACUCGACGGCACACUGUUGGACCGGGUGAUGUGGCACACGAGCAAGCUUUGGCAAAUCCAAACGCACCGAUCAAUUUCAAGGUUGGGUCGGCAGAACAGCAAGCUCCUACCCAGAAUGUUCCCAUCAACAUACCGAUGCUACAGAAUCAACCGGUUCAUAAUCUAACCAUUAAAGACCAGCAUUUGUUAAAACCGCCAACAGUUAUGGGCGCAAGUGCAUUCGGUAGGCGGGCUUCUGAUGGAGGUGCUAAUUUGCACAUUUACUACCCAACGUCGUCCAAUUUCAACGAUCAACCAGUUGGCGACGUCAUGUACGGUAGUCAGGCGGCACAUGGCAUGAUUCCUAGUUGUGAUCAUUCUAUGCCCACUACGCCCGGGACUGAUGUACCGGAUGACUCAAGCGACGAGAUCCAAAGGUACAUGCAUGGUCGAGGAUGUUCCAAACGUCACACUGUGGGGUGCACCGAUGAUUUAUCAAGUGGAAAUGGGUUACCAAUGGAACCACCGCAAAUACAUUCACCUGCACCGUCUACCGUGGGAACCACUGGCGGAGGACGUACUCGACGAACUGGUUUACUUACGGUUAUGGAGAGGCCACCAGUGAUUAGUCCUGAUUUGAUACGCGAAGUAGAGGCACGAAUGAACCGCAACUAUCUCCCUCCUUCGCUGUUGACUACAGCGCCUGGAAUGGCUCCCUUGCUGCCGGCGCAUAUGUCUGGAGUUGGAGUAUGUGGCCCAACCACGCUUACAAUGGGAGGUAUUCCAGUACUGCAACCUGGCAGGCCAAAUACACUAACCCCAAACAUGGGAGGAUUCGGAAUACCGGCGGGAUUAGAGCAAAAUCCUCCACCGCCAAUACCAAGUUCCUCCUUGCAAACUACCUCAACACAACCCAAUGCCAAUUCCACAGCACUGCAAAAUAUUGGUAGUAGACGCUUUGCUAGAACAUGUAAACUGCCUACUGUGCAGGAGAUAGGUCGGUAUAGUCCCGUGCGCAGAGCAUCGGAAGGCUCCAAAAUCAACACACAAUUCCAAGGUCCAUUCCAGGAGUGCCAGCAGUUACAAAAAGGUCUCAAUGCUGGUACUCAACAACGAAAUCUUCUAAUCGCGCCAAGCCCGCCACUGGCGGACAACUCGGUAAGCCUCCCCGGCUCUCCGAUGCACUGUAAACCAUUCGAAGACAGAUCUCAGCAGGAUAUAACACUGCCACAGGAUAUUAUGAUGUCGCUUAUUCCUGGUCUAGAAAAGUUGGUGUUUGAGAAGCGCAUCCAAAUUGAUACAGCUAAGAACAUAAUCACCACACGAACGUUGCCAUACGAAGUUCGGCAGCAGUUGGGUCUAUUUGUUCACUCCCUCACUCCAGAUCUUGGCUACGCGUUGCAGCAACAGUUACAACAUAGUCAGAGUGUUUCGCCACUAACGUCACGCCCGGUUACACUGCAGCCCAAUAAUGUCACUGGCAGCAACAUAACUGCACCAAACUACGGUUAUUAUGGUGGCAUGCCUUAUUCCCCCUUUGGAACUAUAGGGACUGUACCAGGACUAAGUUUCCCCGGAAGUAAUAGUAACAGCGGUUGUCCUUCUCCAGUUUACUACAGUGAAUGUCCUUCGCCUAUAUUAGCGGGACCUCAAGCAACAACCGGUGGAGGUGCCUCUCCAAUGCACCAGAUAACACGUGGUAUCAGUAGUAUGAAUACGGGUGCCUCAGCUGCAGGAGGUUCAAUAACUCGUGGAACUUCUGCGGCUUUUCCAGUGUCUUGCAAUGAACCACUAGAUCUUAGCAUGGAUGUAGUCAAUAGUAUAGAUUUGGAUUUCCCAAGAAACAGCUACUCUAUGAAUCCGCCAACAGCAGGUGUUUCAUCACAUAACUAUUUCGAUAUAAAAAACUUUAGCCUUAUGCCGCCGCAGCAAAUGCGCCUGACCGCUACACCCCCAACUUCACCAAACCUGUGUAUUAUUCAAGAAGAGAAUCACAACGCUGCUCCAUUCCAGGGCGGUGUACCGUACAAGAGCCAAUCAGCCGGUGGAUCUCCGGAAGAUUUGAGCUUUCAACAUACCCAUCCGCAGAUAUGUCUGACAGAUGUUCAAGGUAGCGAAAUAACAUUAGUAGCCCUGUCAGAUUCCAGUCACGAUAGUGACGAUUCGCUCAAUUGCCAGAGCUCAGGGCUAGGGUUCCAGGGUUUAUUAAUAUCGGAACCAUCCAGUGAUAUGCCUUCCAUAACACGUGGUGUUGGAAGAAAAGCAAGCCUCGAAACAGAAAACAACUCAACAUCCACUUCUUUGAAGCUGGAAACGGACACUAGCGAAUCUUAUGCACGGCGUGGCAGCGAUAAGUCUCUGGGUUUCAGCGACGAUAGUCUCAGUAACGAUUCGAACCACUCGAAUCUCUCUCCUAGUCAAGAACCGUCCGCUAGUUCUGGUUUCAAAAGCUGCGAUUCUCAUUCCGAGAAAGACGCUCGUCUCAGUCCAGACUCAUUGUGUGAUACACGAACUUUGACGGACGAAUGUUUCGAACUACCGCUACCGCAGGAAUGCUUCGCACUCGACUCUUCUCGAAUACUAGAGAUGGUGAAACGACGGAUCGAUUCCAAAAUGCCACCGAUGGGCUGUGUUUUCAAUACGACGAAAACGGAUCUUGACGGUGGCCAGCACAGCCGAAGUGAGCUGGACCCCUCACUAACGACCGGUGAUAGUUCAAAUCUUAGCCUAGAAUAUUCUGGAGGCUUGCAAAUCGAGUUGCAAGUAUUCGAAGGUCGCAUUAAAGAUAGUCACAGCGGUAAGGGCAUCAAACUGCGGAGGAUUUCCGGUGAUCAGAACGAGUAUGGCAAGCUAUGUCAGCAAUUAAUUACCUCUCUGACCGUUUGAGGGCGCGAGAACCAUUUAACAGUUUAGUACGGUAGUCGUAUUUGAAGGGACAUUUGACGUGCUUCGCAUACAGAUUUGUAAAUUUUGAAUUUCAGUAUGGUUUCGAUGAACUGCAGGCAAACUAUUGAUAACGUUUGGAUUCCAAAAAUGAACAACAGAGUUUUUCCGUGUUAUAAGCAGUGUUGCUAAUGUUUGAAAACGGUAAUAAAUUUCAAACAAUCAGAUAACAUGGUUAGGUUAAUGCCACAUCAUUAUUUCAAAGUACAGCAUAUAGAUUUCUAUACAAUAAGAAACAUAUCACGAUUCUGACGGUUAGUGAAAUGCAGCUGCCACAAUUUAAUUUACAUUUUAAGACAUUUUUCAAUUACUUUAUGUUUUCUCUAUAUGAUUCUUUGUUUUCUUUGUUAUGGGAAACUUUGCCACUGCGACCAUUGUUCAGGUUACCUUCUGUGUUUGCUGUACGUGUUUACUCUACUUGUUACGAAUUGCCCGAAACUAAUGUAUUUGAAAGCGAAAUGUUUGUUUGACCACAUGUGUCGUCUCAAUCGGAUAGUACGUUAUUAAUGUAGAUAUGCCAAACCUUAAUAGGCAGCCUGAUGUUAAGACCUUUCAUUAUGGCGUAGGACAUUCCACCUUCACCUGGUGCUAAGUUUUUUCUUGUUUUCUUAGGGACCUUAGAGUUUCCUCGGCUGUCACAGACGCUUCGAUUUUUUAUGGUUCGGUUUGGUGGUUGUCGUCGGUCGAUCUGAUCGUUUACAUUUUCCUUCGUAAUAGCGUUUCAUUAAGGCCUCUCUCAUUUCCUCUCUCGACAAUUCACUUUUUCCCACCACAGGUUUCGUUAGCGCGACAUCCAGGCCUUUUAUUGUAUUCCACAGGUGUUUCGCUGGGUUUGCUACAUCAAUUCCCUCCGUUAGUUGCUUGCAGUAUGCCCUUUUGGCUUUUCUGAUCUUCCUCUUCAAUAUGGAUCUCGACCUUUGCAAGGCGAUUUGGGUUAUUAGUGUUUUGUUGGUGUUGUACAAUCUAGAUGUCGCUGUUUGUCUUUGUAGGUUCAUUUAAUAUCUUCCACAGUUUCUUCAGGUAGUUCGCCUUUUUGUCGUUGAUUGUGUACGUUGCGUAUAUAUCUUGCAUCUCCUCUGAGUUGCGGAUUUCGUCCGGAUGAAAUUUGUUUAGUUCGUUGAUGACUAUUUUCUGGUCUACUUUGGCUGUCUUGUGGGGGAAAAGCGAGAUCGAACUGCUUAAAGUUGCCCGUAUGCAGAGGUGGGAGCUUCCGAACUCCCGGUUUAUGGUCUUCCAGAAUUCCUUUCAGACCAGCCCUGGAGUUGCUAGGGUAAGGUAUAUUGCUGAACUCUCUCUCUCUCUGUUUAGCGGGGUUGGGCAUGUUGAGUUACCGUUGUUGAUCAAAAUUAGGUUCGAAGCGGCAAGGAGACUAUUGAUGAGGUUCCCUUUUUGGUACGGUUUUGUAUGAGGGUCCCAGCUUUAGUGGUGAUCGUUCCAAUACCUACCCCCCUUUUAAUAUUUCUCCUUGCAGAUCUUGGAGAACGUCGAAGAGGUUUUCUAUUUGCUCAUGCACUCCUUGUCCCGGAUAAUUUGAUUUCAAUUGCUUCCACCGGCAGUAAGUUGUCGAAGGUGAUUGUUUCAUAUUAGAGGGUCUGGUUGACUCCUGGUGGUCUUUUUCCAGUUCCGAUUGUGAUUCGUGUACUUUUUGCCUGAUUUUUAUCUGUAGCAGUUUCAGUGGAUUGAUUCAGUUCCAGUGCCUUAUUUCUGCGAUAAAGUCAUUUCGCAAACGAUCCACGACUCUCUCGAACGAUGUGGCUUUGAACAGAUUUUCCCUGCAACCGCAUUUAUCGCCUGUUUGUUUUGGAGACCUGCCUUGUGGUACUUCUUUGAUAUUCGGCUGCGUUGGACGCAGCUCGGGGAAGCUAGUUCUCCUCCGGCUACUGAAUAUAUUUAGUAUUUGAUGUUCAUGCAGAUCUAUAGACUCUUUUCUGUCUUGAUCCUCCAGACCGCUGAAUCUGUUGGAAAGUUGUGGCUGUUCGCUACUAAACUACUGGGUGCUUUAGAUAAUUUUUCUCCGUGUCGAUGCAUUCUAGGUAAAUUGUCUGCAGGGUUUGAUUUAGUUGCUUCCGCAUAUGUAAUCUUUUGUUUAUGUUUUUCUGUUGUGAGGUAGGAUCCGGGUACGUCCUCGUUUGAUCCGUGAAUUCCGUGUUGUUUGUCGCAUUGGUUGGUCUCCACUGUGGGUCGUUCCUCCAAUCCCUACCGCUGGGUCGUUAUCGGUUUCCUGUUCUUCUCGCCUUUUGGGAUUUCGACCGUUGCUCGUGCCUUCUUCCAGUUCGCACCAGACCUCCAUAGAUCGUUUUCGCAGCUGUUUUUCUCUGAUUGUUCCCUCGAUGUUUUUUUCUGCUUUGCAGGUUUUGCGAUCUUGUAAAAAUUUUCCCCUUGGCUGAUCCUUUGUUGUUUCCGGUUUUCGCCUGCAUUUUGUUUUGCACUUUUUUGGCUUUUCUUUACAUAUAUGGACUGAUAUUUAUUUUAUUUUUUGGACUUUUUACCACUAACUAUUUUUCUCUUACUAAUAUCAAUUUUUCACUCAUUAUUAUUAUUUUUUCUCUCCCUUAUAUAUUUUUUCUCUUUCACUAAUACUAAUCUUUCUCUUGUUCAGCUUUUUAAUCUUAGUAUCAAAAUUUAACUUCUUGAGGAGUUUUUCUGUUGAAUUUAACUCAGCGCUAAGUCCGACGCCACUUUGUGAUGCGUCCGAACGAUGCGAAAAUUGUUUCUUUUUCCGAAUUCACGGGACCACUCUGCGUAUUCACUUUAUUUUGGACUCCAGUUGACUCGCGGAGUGUGUUCCCUUCUUUUUCAUCGGAUAAUUGGGCGGAUUUAGGUUAGGUUUGGAAAUUUGUCGCGGAUAUAGAUUUGUAUUCAACUGUAUACUUCGAGAUUAAAACCGGAACUCACCUAGCAAAACUCUAGAAAGAAAACUGCGGAGAGAAAAACAGCAUUUUUGGCAAAGUAUGCCCCGGCAUUGUAUGGCAACACUUCCAAUGUUAUAAAGAUAGGCAAUUCUCGAUUUGAUUCGUUUAUUGGCAGCUAAAAGCGAAUCCAAUCGAUCCAAAAUGGAGUCUCCGCAGUUUUCUUUCUAGAGUUUUUCUGAACUCACCGAUCCAUUUCGUUCGAUGUUUUGUAGGGUGUAAAGCUAGUAGUUUCUUUUAGGGCUUUGACGUCUUACAUGCAACGCAAAAUACAUUUUAAAUUUCUAUUUUGAUGACAAGCAUGGAAUGUAUUUAAUUUUGUUGAUUUUGAAAAAUGCAUCACAAGUGAUCUUCCCCUACUUCAACUCCCUUGUUACAUACAUUGACAUCAUUUGAUGAAAGGUACUCUAGUAAGUGCUCUCUGGUAUUUAUAUCCGUUUUACCCCAUGUUGUGGGAUGUGCAUUGGCGUUACAUGAAAUGAUAAAAGACUUGUUUAUGAUUCUGCAGUACUUUGUGAGGGCAUUGAUUUCUGAUGGUGAUACUGUAUCAGCAAUGCCAGGGAAGUAGGCAGAUGCGACACACAAGUCUUGCUCGGCUAAGCUUCUGAUAUACUUCCCUCCCGUCCACCAUUCAAAUAUGUUUGAAGGCACAAAUCCCCGACUACAUACGGGGAACGUGCCAUUUAAGCCAGUAUAUUCUGAUUCCUGAUACUAGCAAUACAAUUAUUUAGUAUCUUCACAAACCGUCAUUUUCAAAACUUUGGUGAGAGCCCUUAGUCAAGUAGUCCAUUAUCAGGCAAAAUCGCAUGGCGAUGUACCUUCAACGUUACACUUUACCAUUUCCAGCUCAACGUUACACGUUUACCGCGUUCAACCUCAACGUUACACGUUUACCAUUUCCCAUAUUCAACGUGCCAUCUGUCUUUGCUUCGUGUAAACUACCGCAAGCCUUAGAUGAUAGUAAGCGAGCAGGGGGAUAAAAAACCAUCAUAGUCUGAAAACUAAGAACCUAGGGUAUGACUUAUUUUGCGUUCUGUACUGCCAAGACAUGCAUUUGGGAAUUUCAAAUACGACUGCCACAUCUAGACUAGGUAUUAGGGUGGGGCACUGUUCUAUGGAAGAAAGGUAAACUUGACCACAUCAUGCCAGAACAAAUCUUUGUUUAAUCCAUUUGGUGGCCCAACCUACUGUACAGUAAUUGAUUACGACCCGGCAUCCCGCAUUACAUUUCAAAUUGGUCUGGAAAUUAGUAUGAAGAAUAUACAUCUUGCAUCUUUGUUUCUUCAGCUCAAGUUUCCCUUUAGCGGUUUCAUGGUCCAGAAAGCUCUGAACAUACAGAAUCCAGUGUUGUCAGAUUUAUUGAUUUUUGUCAUUUUAAUUCCAUUGCACUUUGAACAGCUAUAACGUUUUUCAGCAAUAUUCUAGCACAGCACUUUCUGCGAAACAGUCGUUAGACACUUGUUGGGCUAUACUUUUACGUAAUAAGUUCCAUAUUUCAGGUAAAAUUGUGGUCUCUAAAAAUGAAAACGCGAAAAGUAGGUUUUGCUUAAGCGAGUAGUAUAAAAAAGGAGACGCCAUGUUCCGUUUGAAAUCCUCUUGUUUUUCUAGUUUGAGUUUUACCAUACUAAUCAUAAUACAAAUUUCAAAUGCAAUGCGGGAUGCCAUGCGAUUAUCAAUUACCAUAACUAUUUAGGACCCCAAGAGGAAUAAAAAACCAAGUUCUGAAAAAAUAACCAAGUUGCCCCACUCUACUAGGUAUCUAAGCGAUAUUGCUAGCUGACAUGUUGAUCACACUAUACUAAAAAAGGAUUUCAUUGUGUUCAUAGAUAAUCCAUGUAAAAAAUUGAGAAUUUUCUCUCCAAGACUACUAUUUUAAAUCGACUACCCACACUAUAAUUCAACAAAGCGAUAAAUUAUCGAUGCAAUACUGAUUUAUGUUUUCGGCGUUCGGAAGGCAAAAAUUUAAAUAGAAAAAAAGUAAAGUCUCACCAUAAUCGUUCAAAAUUCCAUGCGGUUGAACUUCUUCCGCCUGAUUUUAUUUACACCGUGGAAAAUUAAUAGUUAACGAAUGAAACUCUGUACUGUUUUCUUUUUUCGAUUUAGUCUGAGGUAAUGUAUUAAAAAUGGAAAUUCAUAGUUUCGGUUUGCCAUGUUUAAACUAAUAUUACGUAUUGUUUUUAUUAUAGUAUUGUUGAACGAUUCUUCAGCAUGAGAUGUAAUCUCUAGUUAAGUAGAAAUAGUUAAGUUAUGUUUUUUUCGUUACUUACCGUUACGUCUAUCGAGAAAACGGUGUUAGAGUGUUAGGUUUACAGUUGAAAGAAAGCGCAGGAACUAAGCUCAACAUUAUUUUGUUAUUAGAAACAAAAGGGGAAAAAAUGGCAAAUCCUUGCAAUUGCUUAUAAACACUGCAAAGUGUAAUACUUUAGUGCAAUUAAACGAUCAAAAUGUACAUUCCAAAUGUAAAGAAAUGUUUACCGGCUAUAAAUUUAAAAACUUUCUCCUGUGAAGUGUACAGCUUCAAAAUCCUACCGACCGUAGAUGACUCCAGUUUUACGUUCGACUCUUAGUAUUGUUUUUUUAUCAUGUUUUGGACAUUAAAUGAACAUUCCUAAAACGAACAUAACAAUCCAGAAGAGGAAAGCAGAUUUUCGGAAUCUAGAGAAAGUCCACAAAGGGUGGCAGCGAUCAUUAAGCUCAAAGUCCUUAUAUAGGAAAGCCGUAGCAUGCGUCAAAAAGAAAGCUAUGUCUCUGCUUGUGUGUGUAAACAACACUAUGGUUUCCAAGACUGAUUAAAUGUUGCCCCCUCUUGGUAACUACAAGGUCAUCAUUACCACAUAUGUGCUGUCUUUGUUCACCACCACUAACAAUGUUGACGCUUGCUAGUACCAAUAGUGCUAUAAAAGGACUUUGCAUUUAGACCUACAUACGUUCCCGUUCGAGUUACACUUCCUACGGUGCAAAUGUCGCGAGUAGUUGACAUAUGUAAGAUACAAUUCGUUGAAGAAACUGCAGCACAAAUUUUGUAUAGCCGCUAAGCCAAAUAAUUAAAGCAAGAAAACUGCAUGCUGAACUGAUUAACUACUGAAGCCAUACGCGUUAAUGCAAAUACCUCCGUAGCACGUGAUUCAGAAUCAAAUUAUGUUACAAGAAUGCAGAGAACUAAGUGUUUCUUUUACGUUGCUAGUUUCCAACAAUUCAUGUUUGAGUUGCAAUCCCACCCCAUUGCCAUAGAAUCAAUCUUAACAGGAAUAGUCUCAAGCUGACAGAUCCGAUAGAAUAUAUAGUGAAGAUAAAGUUACUAAUUUAUCUAUCUCAUGCUAUUCUUGCACAAUAUAUAUGGCUACAGGAUUCAGUAAACGAAGUACUAGACAUAGAAAAAAUAACUGAAAAUGACAACAACAAUUCUGUCGAUAGAAGUAUGCAAUUUCUUUGAAUAAAAAGUUCGAUUAAUACUACAGCAAAAUUUCACUAAUUCAAACGGUUUAACGCAUGUAAAUAUCAUACUAAGGAAAAAAAAAUUAUCAUAAAAAAGACUGCUGUGAUUUUAAUA